AUGGCAGAUGGUACCUACAGGUUCCAGCAGCCUGGGGCCGGGCAGUUCUUCUUCCAAACGCAACAGCAUUCUCACCAACGGCACCUCGUUCGGAACGGUACCAACUCUCCGACUGGGAGACUGAAGUUCAGUCACGAAACGCCGUCUCCUUCUCGAUCCCCUCCUCUCGGCCAGGCAGCUGCGCUCAACCCUUUCACCAUGUACACCCAAACCCACCAAGGACAACAUGUUAUGAUGAAUGGUGGCCAGGCCCAUCAGCGAUUUGGCAUGCAGAUUCCUAAGUUCCAGUCGCAGAGCCACCAUCCGCAUCCCGCACAGCAGGCCCACCAUCAUACGCACCACAACCAAGCUUCCCACAACAUCAACCACCAGCACAACUUCUCCAGCGGGGCAUUGGCUGCUGCUACGCCACACUUUACUCCGGGCCACAUCCAGAAUGGGGCUCACGCUAACGUUGACGAAGAUAUCGAUGAAUCCAUGAACGAACACUGGCAACAGCAGCUUCAGUUGGCUGCAGAGUCACGACAGGCGAAUUCCCCGCAUUACUACGCCCGGGCGGUCGCUCAACAAGCAAAGGGCAUCCAGAUCGCGCCCAGCCAGCCUGAACCCCAGGAGAACGGAGCUGAAGAACGGAAUGGGUUGACAAAGUCCAAGUCAGCGACCAGACAGGGCUGGCAUGCACUGGAUUUCGGUGGGCAAGGACUGCGUGCGCUCUCGACAUCCCUAUUCAACUACAUUUUCUUGGAGAAGUUGUAUCUGGGCCACAACAAAUUGAAAGUACUCCCCCCGAACAUCGGACAGUUGCGCAAACUGGAACACCUGGAUUUGUCCCAUAAUGAUCUCACCGAGCUUCCCGAGGAGAUUGGCAUGCUCACGAGCCUGAAGAAGUUCCUCCUCUUCGACAACCAUAUCCGCACCCUUCCUUAUGAGAUGGGUUAUCUUUAUAGGCUGGACACUCUGGGUAUCGAGGGCAACCCUUUGAACGACAUCUUGAAAUCCCAGAUCGUGAAAGAGGGCACAAAGGCUUUGAUCAGGUAUCUGAGGGAGGAAAUGCCAGUUCAUCUACCGCCUCCUGAUAGAGACUGGGUGGUCCUGGAUGAGACUGCAAACUCUUCCAAUAACCCCACGGAGAAAGUCACUGUUAUCUCUCUGAACGCCCUAUGCUACUCCUCUGCAACGCAGUCGCACUUUGGAUAUACCCCCUCUCGUGUCCUUGCGUGGGAAUUUAGAAGGGAGCUUAUCUUAAGCGAAUUGCGGUCGCAUGAUUCGGACAUCGUCUGCCUCCAAGAGGUCGACCAAGGCAGUUACAACGGCUUCUUCCGAGAGCAAUUGGCAUAUAACGACUAUAAGGGGGUAUACUGGCCUCGAGGACGAGCUAUGGGCAUGCAGGAAGAGGACGCCAAGUUGGUCGAUGGCUGUGCCACUUUCUUCAAGGGAAGCAAAUUCAUCCUGCUUGACAAGCAGAUGAUCAACUUCGGUCAGACGGCGGUACGGCGUCCCGAUGCAAAGGGUCAGGAUGACAUAUACAACCGACUCUGGCAAAAGGAUCACAUUGCCGUCGUUCUGUUCUUGGAGAACCGGUUAACAGGUACGCGGUUCAUCGUCGUGAAUGCCCACCUUUACUGGGACCCAGCUUUCAAAGACGUCAAGUUGAUCCAGACGGCCAUCCUGAUGGAGGAACUCACGAAACUCUCUGAUACGUACGCGAAAUGGCCUGCAUGUACGGACAAGGCGGCAUUCCGCUUCUCAGAAGCAGAAGGGGAGGAGGCAUCCCCUCCGCCGGAACCGGCCCCGUCUGCGGAAUAUUCCAGUGGCGAACAGAUUCCUCUGUUCAUGUGUGGCGAUUUCAACUCGUCGCCUGGAUCGGCGGCGUAUAACCUCAUUGCACAUGGACACUUGACGGAAGAACACCCAGAUCUGGAGAAACGUCUUUAUGGAAAUCUCAGCCGGGUGGGUAUGACGCAUCCAUUCAAGUUGAAGUCAGCAUACGGCGCGAUUGGUGAAAUGAGCUUUACGAACUACACUCCUGACUUCAAAGCCAUUCUGGAUUAUAUCUGGUAUUCAUCGAAUACACUUCACGUCUCGGCGUUACUGGGGGAAGUGGACAAGGAGUAUCUACGUCGGGUGCCUGGGUUCCCCAACUAUCAUUUUCCAAGUGAUCAUAUCGCAUUAUUUGCGGAGUUUACAGUUAAAGGGAAAAAGGGAAAGGUCGUGGAGGCGGAUUUUGGGCCGCAACGGAAUUGA